AUGACGAACCCCAACCCCUCCAACUCCCAAGCUGCAGGACAGCCCUCCACCACGCCCAAAGCUCUCACCCCUCUCACACCAACAACCAGCCAAUCCAUGCAGAGCCAUCCCCCCUUUCGCCUACUGACGGGCGCACUCGCCCAACCCAUCCCAGCCGCAUCAACACAUGGUCUCAAGCCUCUGACUCCGACGUGCGGCAACUCAACUGACUUCCUCUCGUUCAGAUCGGAGUCAAAUCAGGUCUUGCCGCCUGUUCCGGCGAGCAGUGCUGCCGCCGCUGAGAAGCAGAACGCUGCCACUAACUCCCUCGCGCCGCCUUCUGAGAAGGCCGAGCCAGCGCAGCAGAAGAAGCGUCCAGGAGGUCUGAUGAGGAGUAUGAUCGCGAAGAAGUUUGAGAACUACUCUUUCAAGAAGUAG